AAAGUUGAAAGUUUAUCUUUAUGUCAAAUUUAUGGACUACAGGACGUGGGAUUAUUUAAAUUUUAUAUUGUUUUAUUGUAAUUUCGCAACAAUAUACCUAAAAUAUUGACCUAUAAUGCAUAACAUUUACUCUGAAUGUUACUGUAACGAUUAACCUAGCGGAAUUAUUAUGAGUAUUUAUCACUUAAAACACAAAUUAAACUGAACAAUGGAAGAGUCGAUAGAAUGCGUUGAAAAUCCAGUGGAAACUGUUCCAAAAACGAAUCUGCUUCGUUGUAUGGAAUGGCUGCAAACCCAAAAUGAACUGACGAAGGUUUCGAAGUACAAUAAAGACGAUAUCUCGUUAACUACAGACUCGAAUUCCCUUAAAAAAAUCAUAUUAUGUAGUGGAGACGAUGACACGACGGUGCUAGCUGGGGUGGAUGAACUUGCUAUUGAACCAAAGGCUGUGCCUUUAAGAUACUUACGUGUGAAGGAUCUGGAUAUGCAAUGCGAAUGGCAAUUGUGCAGGAGUCAUUUCUCAGAUUAUGAACUUUUUCAACAACAUAUCACAAAUCAUUGUUCCGAGCUUCACACCCUUGAUAAGAAGGCAAAUGUGGAUUACAUCUGUCUAUGGGAUGUUUGCGGGCAUAGCACAACAGAUUUGUCUGAAAUGGUACGCCAUAUAAACUACCACGCGUACCAUGCUCGACUUUUGGCCAUUGGCUUAAACGCCAGGGCUACGUUGAAGUUGGAACAAUGCAGAAAAGACUCUAGCAAACGAAACCAGCUGCCGCCAUUAAAGCAUAAACACUGUUGCAUGUGGGUGGAAUGUUCACAGAGCUAUAAUUCUAUACAGUCGUUCUUCGAUCACGUGAAGCAGCACAUAAUAUACUCGGACAGGUAUCUGUGCUCUUGGGCCGGCUGUGGCGCCAUUUUCCCUCGCCGCCCGCUGCUCACCAUGCAUGUGCGCUCGCACACACAAGAACGUCUCAUCGCCUGCUACCACUGCGGGCAGCACUUCGCCUGCAACAGGAAGCUCAGCGAUCAUCUUAUGAGGCAGAACGUCGAUCCAGACACGGGAAUACCAUGCGGGAUGUGCGGCAUACUCUGCGCCUCGGAGUAUCUCAAGCGUGAACACGAAAGACAGCACAUCUCCGCAUAUGCAUGCGCCAUGUGCGAUAUGUCCGCUCCGUCCCCGGCCGCGCUUGCGUAUCACAUGCGCUAUAGACAUCUGUCCUCCAGUGGCACGAGGACCCACGCGUGUCCACAGUGUUCAUAUAAGGCUGUCACAAAGAGCGAUCUCCGAAAACACAUACCCAUUCACAAAAAAAAGAGAAAGAAGGAAAAAAACAAAAUCUCCGAUGAAGAUAGUUCAGAGGAAGAAGUUAAAAAAAAGAAGAAAGUAGUUAAAAAGAAGUAUGCCUGUCACAUGUGUCCAGAAAAAGAAGUAAAAGUUUUCUCAAGAGGUGGUCGUUUGACCACUCAUUUGGUCAAAGUGCAUGGAGCCCGGUGGCCUUUUGGCCAUAGUAGAUUUAGAUACCAAAUAAGCGAAGAUGGUAUGUACAGAUUGACAACAACCAGAUUUGAAUACGAAGACAUUUCAAAAAAAAUUGUAGACGGUUACAGCGGCCCGAAGGAAUCUUUAAAUAACACAUUAGAAUUCGACGUCACAGCAAUAGCCGAAGCCACUAAGACAACGCCGAAGCGUUUCGAAAUAUCACUUAAAAAUAACGAUUUACAGAGAGAUAUUAAAACAGGGGGGGAAAACGUGAAAAAUGAGAAAGAAGACCAUGAAAUAGAUCAAAAUGCAGUGGAAAUUAUGAUGUGCGACGUCGACGAUGACGGAAACAUUAUAAAUACGGAGACUAUACAAUCGUACCCAUUGUUAUUAUAAGUGAAAUAUACAUGUACGAUGAUAUUAUAUUAAAUGAAAUAAAUAUUUUUACAUUAUAUUUUAUUUUUACUGA